AUGCUCUCUCCCACCUCCCUCGACAUCUACCGCAUGGCUCCCCCAGUUCGACCUUCACGAUCGCUUGAGGGCUUAGAAAGAGUUAUCCCUCCAAGACUGGAGAAAUCCCCAUUCACAUCAUAUACCCCAUUUACUCCAUUCACAUAUACACCGACUACCCCGACUCGUUCCAACCUCUUCCUCAACAAACCUCUCCCCGCAAUGCCCUUUGACGAGCCCGAGCCCGAGUACUCCGGUAUGUGGAGCGACUCUGACAGCGAUGACGACGACGACGACAACAGCACCGUCGAUAGCCUCGCCAGCCCCAGUGAACCACGCUACUCAACCGAAAGUUACCCCAUCUUCGUCAGUUCUGGCUCCGACGACUUCGACCUGGCCGAUCAUCCGACCCCCGCUGAUCCCUUGGAUGCGAUCGUCGCUCCACAACGUCCCCUUCCUCCGCGCACGGACUCGUCACAGUCCAACAUCUCCGCCCUCACCUCCAACUCCAACUCCGAUACUCAGUACGGUCGCCCCUCACAGUGGUCGCAGACCCAGACCCAGACCCAACCCCAAGCUACUCGACCAGGCACCAACCACUACUUCCGUGAGAAGAAAUGGGACUUCUUCCCGGAGCUGGCAACUCCCGGGUCGCUGCCCGCCACAGCUGCCAGCGGACGCGUGAGUCCCAGCCUCCGAAAUGGAAAGACUCGCAAGAAGGAAGGUCGUCUGGGUCUCUCUACGAGGAGGAAGCGUUGGAAUUCGCUGGAUAGGCCGGGAAUGGGAGGACUAGCGCAGGCUCGCGAGUCCUUCAAGACAUAUGUUCACCGUACACUUUCCCGCGAUUCACCCGAUACCCCCAAGGCCAAAGAGCCACAACGCCCGUCAACAGCCCAGCCGACCUCGCUCCAGCAAAGGAGAGGCCUCAGUGUGAAACCGCUAGACUCUUCCUCACUCGAUGUUAACAUGCAACUGCGGGCACUAUCAUUACACACCAUGGCCAGUUCCAGCGCCAGCGAAAUGCCCGACAGCCCCCGCUCUCCGCGCCAGAAACAACUCGCAGUACCCAUGUCCCCGUACCAGAAAUACGGCUCCGCCAUUUGGGAAACACCCAAGAAAUCCAAGAAGCGCAAUAAUGCCAAGCAACCUGCGGCGUCCCGGUCUGCUUCUCAUCUCGUCUACACCAACCCAACCCCGCCCCUCUCCCCGCCACUCAAGACGCAAUUGCAGCAGAAUACCCGUGAUGCAGUUCGCGCCUUGCAGGAUGGGACUAGUCAUAUGUUCUUUGCAUUCGAUGGCGCGAAGAAAAAAAUGUCCGAGUCCAAGGAUGAACGGCGCCGUGAACUGCUCAAGUCGCAGAUCAAAUUGGUUGGACCGGUCAAUCCGCAUACGUGUUCGCAGGCAGAUCCAUGGCUGUGA